AGGAAAAGGGACGGAGGAUAAAGAAGGGAGAUGACUGCAUCUAAGGAAAAAACAAACAUAUUUCUCUCAUCCAACGUAAAUAUUCUAAAUCAUAAAUAUGAUUGACUUGUUUACCAACAGAGAAUACUGAAAUAAAUGACAGAGAAACGGUGAUAAGGUAAUUUCUUUAACGUUUCAAUUUGCACGCUCUGCCCUGUCUAGGACCAUGUGUUAAUUCGAUUGAAUAAUCUUCACCUUGACUCGAGAACAAAAAUGUUUUCAAGUCAACGAGCAUAACGUCGAUGACAAUUGGAAAAUAAAUGAUGACAAACCAGACCUAUCAAGCCGUAGUCACAUGCCAAGCAUGUUUAAUGUUUAAGGACGUGUGUUUCACAAAUAAAUAAUGUGUAGCCUUGCAUGUUAAAACGUAUUAUUUGAGACGAUUUGUGCCAAUGGCUUUUUAUGGCUCCUACGCAUCCGAUUAGCUUGGAACAUGGGCAAAAUACAACCAUGAAAAAUCUAAACGGAAAAAGCCACGGUGAGCGACGAUGCCGCAUACCACACUGCUGUACUAGAGCACAUGGGUUUUGUGCACAUCACCAUCAACAUGCACAUUUGUUGCAGUGCGUCUUGCCCAUGAGGAGUAUAGUGCCAUCAUAGGCUGGCAGUGGCCUUACCGCCGAUUACCUUGGUGUCUACUAUUCCUCUCCUGUUUUACAGUACUAGCCAUAUGAGCAGAUGUUACCUUGAGUGUCCUCUAAAAGUAGCUUGCCAAAGCUACUAAUACUUUAUGGAUGGAAUUACUGCAAUUCUGUUAUUGAUAUGCCUCCUUACAUCCUUACAGUAAAGUAUUCCUCCUCAUACAAUGGUACAUUUAUCUUUUGAACUUUAAUGUGAUUGCAUUUUGAUCUAUGAAUGAGAAUCUCCUAGUGUGUCCAGAGUAAACUGGGCCCAGCAGAGUGAUGUCAUCUCCAGGAAUGGGCACCCCCAGUGACCCCCUGUUGGCCAGCCCAGGAGGGAGGUCAUCAGAGAAGUCAUUGGGUGCCACAAAUGAUGGCCUCUGGAGGAGCUCCAUGCCCAAGACUGUCAGCUUCCCAUCGUCUACCACACGCCUCCUGAGUCACCGUGCCAACAACUUCCAGAGACACCCGAAGCGGCGGAAGCUUAUCAGACCGUCCCCGCCCCCCCCGCCCAACACCCCCUGCCCCCUAGAUCAGCUGGACCUCAGUGAGAUGCCUCCUCGCCGCACCUUCCCUGAGCUGCUCUUCAACGGCUGUGUCCUGUUUGGCAUUGAGUUCAGCUACGCCAUGGAGACGGCCUAUGUCACCCCUGUCCUGCUACAGAUGGGUCUGCCCGAAGAGUUCUACAGCCUGGUGUGGUUCAUCAGUCCUAUAUUGGGAUUCCUGGUCCAGCCUCUCCUAGGAGCUUGGAGUGAUCGUUGUACAUCCCGCUUUGGCCGUCGGAGACCGUUUAUUUUAGCCUUGGCUGUUGGAGCUCUGCUUGGUUUGACAAUGGUGCUGAAUGGGCGAGACAUUGGAGCUGCGGUGGCAGACACAGCAACCAAUCACAAGUGGGGCAUCAUACUAACUAUUUGUGGAGUGGUUCUGAUGGACUUCUGUGCGGACUCGGCAGAUAAUCCCAGCCACGCCUACAUGAUGGACGUGUGCCUGCCAGAGGACCAGGACCGUGGCCUCAAUAUUCACGCACUGCUGGCAGGCCUGGGUGGUGGAUUCGGGUACAUCGUGGGUGGAAUUAAUUGGGACCACACUGAGUUUGGGAGGUCAAUGGGAGGUCAACUUCGAGUCAUCUACAUGUUCACCAGUGUCACAUUAGUCAUUGCCACGUGCAUGACCCUCAACAGCAUCCCUGAGCGGCCCCUGCCAAAGACGCAGCCUCAGAAGAACUCUAAAAACUCUCUAAAGAGCCCCAUCCUCCCUCUGCCUCCCUCUCCCCCCGUCCCUCCGGGGGCAAGCCUGGGAUUGGAGGAGGAAGAGGCAGAGGAGAGGCUUUAUAGCUACCAGUUCUCUGAACCCUGCCCCUCAAACCCCAACCCCAUGGCACACUCCUGCAGUGCCAAUGCACGCCUCUGUGCCGGCCUCACCAGCCCCAUCUCCCCCCUCAGCCCCCUUACUCCUAAAUAUGGCAGCUUUAUCAGUCGGGAUAACUCUCUCACUGGCAUCAAUGAGUUCGCCUCAUCCCUGGGAACCUCCUAUAUAGACAGUGUGCUCAUCGACUGCUACACCGGACAGCCAUCUCCACAGCCCCUUGACCAGGACACUGCAGCCCGACCACUGCCUCCAGGGGACACCCCACCUCUCCAGGGAUCUCAACCUGGAACUGGGUCACAGUCUGGAGCAGUAGCCCAGGCUGGAGCACUAACCGUGGCUGGGACAGCGACCCUGGCUGGGGCAGGAUCCCAGGCCGGGGCUCAGGCCGGGGAGGCUCAGAUGGAGGCAGGGUCCCAUCGAGGUUCGUCCGCUGGUAUCCUGAAGCGCCCUCAGAGCCUUGCGCUUGUGGAGGAGCCAAUGGUGAUCCAGAGUGAAGGGCUGGAAAAUGGCCGCAGAAGAACCGUCACCUUCAGUCAGCAGGUGGCAAACAUUCUGCUGAAUGGGGUGCGCUAUGAGAGUGACCUGAGUGAAAAUGUGGAGACAGCAGAUUCACAGAUGUCAAUGAGGCUACUGUGUAUCGCCAUCUACAGGAUGCCUCCGUCACUGCGCAGCCUAUGCACUAACCAUUUCUUGGGUUGGCUGUCCUUUGAGGGCAUGCUGCUGUUCUACACUGACUUCAUGGGGGAGGUAGUGUUUGAGGGAGACCCCAGAGCACCCCAUGACUCUGAGGCCUACCAACGCUACAAUGCUGGGGUCAGCAUGGGCUGCUGGGGCAUGUGCAUCUAUGCAUUCAGUGCUGCCUUUUACUCAGCCAUACUGGAGAAGCUGGAGGAGCGUUUUUCCCUCCGCUCUCUCUAUUUCUUUGCCUACCUGGCGUUUGGCCUUGGCACGGGCCUUGCUACACUCUCCACCAACCUCUAUGUGGUGCUGUCGCUCUGUGUCACCUACGGGGUGCUCUUCUCCUCUCUGUGCACACUGCCUUACUCUCUGCUGUGUGAAUACUACCAGAGCCCACAGUUCUGUGGCUCGUCAGAGGAAGGGACCAGGAGAGGGAUGGGGGUGGACAUCUCUCUGCUCAGCUGCCAGUACUUCCUAGCUCAGAUCAUAGUCUCCGUGGCGAUGGGACCUCUGACCUCGCUGGUGGGCGGGGCCCAGGGAGUGAUGUACUUUUCUAGCGCGAUGUCAUUUGUGGGCUGUCUGUACUCCUCCCUCUGCGUGGUGUACCACCUGCCCCCCCCUGAGGGUGAGCCUUCCGAAAGUGAGGCCCAGCCACUACUGGUGCACAUUUAGACCCCCCCCUUGUCUCACAUUGCACUACACACUAUCACACUGCAGCCUUCUGUCACAACGCUCACCGCGUAUAGCCUACACACUCUGUCUCUCUGCAAAGCAUAUACAGUACUGUACUCUCUCGCACUACUUAGCAUAGCUCCUCUUAGAGCUUAGACUGACAGAGGCCACCGUUCUGCGGUGUCAGUGUGUUAUAGUGUGUCCAUGUAUUUCUCUCCCAUUAUUUCCACUAAAAAGCGGCACUUAUGUUAAUUUUGUGCGUGCCUAAAUAAUUACGGCCCUACAGCUCCUAUUCCCCAGGACAUCAGGAAAAAAAUUAAACAAUCUUUGAAGGGGUUAAUUGUUUUGGCCUCGCCUAAUAUAUGCAUGCGCUGUAGCCUCAAUGCCCUGCAUCUUCUGUUUUGGUCUGAUGUCCGAGGGAAUGUCUACCUGCCUGUUUCUCUGUCAGCGCACUAUCAUCCCACUGUAGGCAGGCUUAGGGACUGUCUGAAUGUGUCACCAAUGACCUUUUGCUUGAAGCCCUGAAUUCAUGUAAGCACAGUAGCAUAUCUACAGUACAUUUACACACACAUGCAAGCCAUAGGACCACCCUCACUCAAUGUAGUUUGUACUAUGUGAACAAUAAAGAGCCAAACUGUGCCUCUGAGGUUUUACAUCUUUCACACAAGGCACUCAGAUUAUUAUGGUCAUUAUUUAUUACCAUUUUGACUUGACACUCACUAAUGCGUUUACAAACAUACACACAGAGAUGGACCCUUUACUAAGCCAUGGACAUCACUCUGUCCUGUCACCUUGCUCCUGGCGUGACUGUUGUAAUGACAGUGAUUCUUGUCAUUACCAGGAAGAGAAGUUGAAACUGGGGUGUGAUUCGGCAUUCCAUCGGAAACCGAACAAAAAAGAAGAACAACAAAUCUGUUGUUUUGGUGGCAAGAAAGAAUUCAGGAAGAUGCAUGUGAACUAUGCUUAAGAUGGCGCUGGACAACUUUGAGGGAAGACUUUUGGGUUCAUAUUUGCCAACAGCAAGUGCUUAUUUUCACCGCUAAGGCGCAUGCUUUAGUUAAGGUUUAAGCUUGUUUCACCACACGACCCAAACUGGCUCACUGGUGACCCUCUCACAUUUGAGUUAGUUAUCCAGUCUCAUCACACGCUGCUGCAUUUAUUCACUCAAUUCAUUUGAUUAUAAACAGCUCAAAUAACAUUUCAUGUAAUCAGCCAAUUAUAAAACAUUGGUGAAAUCAUAAUUACUUUUCAAUUGAGAAAAUCUAUGACAGGCUAAAAAAACUUGUUCGGCAUUUCAUACCUUGAACAUCACUUAGUUGACACCAAGACUGUUUCCGGGCAUUUUUUUAAAUGAAUUGUUAUCAAUAACUCAUGCCUGCGUUCAGCUUCAUUUGUAAGUUUCACUAAAAUGCCCACCACCGUGAAACACCCCACUGUCAUGAGUCAUCUAGAGCUGAUGCCUCAGCGGAAUGUUGAUCAGGGUCUACCACUAAAGCCUCCAUAACAGACUGGACACGUGCCAUGAUGAUGUCAUGUUUCUGACUGGUUUCUUUUGAGAAAACAGCAACUGUAUGGAUCAUCAUGCUGUUGCAACUUGCUUCAAUUCAACACAUUUCUAGUAUUUUACAAUAGUGUUUUCUGAUGUUCUUCAUCCUUAAUUCCAAUAUUAACUGUAUUACUGUAACAGCUACUUUAGGGUUGAGUUCAAUUAAAAUGAUAAUUUUUA